ACGUGAGGUGAGCCCGAAGGAAAUGACUGGACCCCAAACAAAGCGUAGAGCGAGGGAUGUUCAAACAAACCGGUUUCAUUAAAAAGGCAUUUUAACUGUGCUUUUCCCGAGAGAACAUGUCCGGUUCGUCCAUUACGCAGUCCAUCAGCUGGCGCGGCUGAAGCCUCUCCUCUCCUCUGGAUUUGUGGAUUGUGACAAGUGCCGGGAGAGCGACCGAACAGGACCAGGACCACGGCGGUUCCCGGGGACUGUCACUCCGCUUCCUUUUGCGCGCGGGGUUCUUUCACUUUUCGCCUGACAGCACGCCGCCCGGAAGCCAAGACGUUGUUCCGCGGUGACCCGGGUUGCCUCAGUCCGAGCAGCGCAGUCCGCGUGGGAAGGUCGGCACUCGGCGCCCUGCAGGCCGGAGACAUGAUGGUCCACUGUGCCGGCUGCGAACGGCCCAUCCUGGACCGGUUCCUCCUCAACGUGCUGGACAGAGCCUGGCACGCCAAGUGCGUCCAGUGCUGCGAGUGCAACUGCAACCUCACCGAGAAGUGCUUCUCCCGGGACGGGAAGCUCUAUUGCAAAACGGACUUUUUCAGGCGGUUUGGCACGAAGUGCGCGGGCUGCCUGCAGGGGAUCUCGCCGAACGACCUGGUGCGCAAGGCUCGCAGCAAGGUGUUUCACCUGAACUGCUUCACCUGCAUGGUGUGCAACAAGCAGCUGUCCACGGGGGAGGAACUCUACGUGAUAGACGAGAACAAGUUCGUGUGCAAAGAAGAUUAUUUGACCUCCGGGGCCAUCAAAGAAGUCAACCUGAACUCAGUGUCGUCGUGUACGGACAGGAGUUUAUCGCCGGAUCUGCAGGACCCAACGCAGGAGGACAUAAAGGAGACGGACAAUUCGACGUCCUCUGAUAAGGAAACGAACAAUAUUGAGAACGAGGAGCAGAACUCGGGCACCAAGCGGCGGGGGCCGCGGACCACCAUCAAGGCCAAGCAGCUGGAGACGUUAAAGGCCGCGUUUGUCGCCACGCCGAAGCCCACCCGGCACAUCCGGGAGCAGCUGGCCCAGGAGACGGGACUGAACAUGCGGGUCAUCCAGGUUUGGUUCCAGAACAGAAGAUCCAAAGAGCGACGAAUGAAGCAACUGAGUGCUCUGGGCGCCCGGCGGCACGCCUUUUUCAGGGGCCCGAGGAGGAUGAGGCCCCUGGGAGGCAGGCUGGAGGACGCAGACAUUCUGGGACCUGGGGCCUAUGGUUACUAUGGAGAAUACCAAGGUGACUACUACGGACCAGGGAGUAACUACGACUUCUUCCCCCACGGUCCUCCGUCUUCACAAGCUCAGUCUCCGGCCGAGUCCCCCUACAUCCUGGGCUCUGGGCCCGGGGCCAUGGAGGGACCAGGCCACCACCCCUCAGACGACCAAAGGUUCACGGACAUGAUCUCCCAUGCGGAAACCCCGAGUCCCGAGCCGGGUUUACCGGGCUCCCUGCAGCCGGUCCCGGGGGAGGCAUAUGGCGGCGGACCCAGUCCUCCUUUCUCCUUGGCCAGUAACUCCAGCUACAGCGCCCCUAUGUCCCACCAAGGCCCGGAGAUGGGGGAAACCACAGCCUGGUAAAGGACAAACCUCAUGGACUAUUCCCGGGCUGAACAUCAGCCCAGUUAAUUCAGGAGAUGAAAUGGGGGGAGGGGUGAAAAGUACAGCUGAAAUUUCUAUGGAGGACUUUUUAAAAUCUGGGUUUGACAGUGGACGAACUGACGGUCAUGGAAAUGGAAAUCGAGAAUGGGAUAGCUCAAUGGGAAACAUGAACAUUUGCUGCCCUGUAGAAACUCCAAAGCAUAUCCCUUCCUGGAUUACUGGACUUGAACUACAAAAAAAAAGAGUUGCGAUUCUACCCAGCAAAAUGCUUCUCGCCUUCCCCUUAAUGUUAGUGAAGGUGUCUUCUAAUGCUCUAGGAACACAUUAGAGAGAAAUGCCAAAGGGGACAUCUUUAGUUGUUUUCAUUCUCAUCACAUUUUUUUUUAACAACGUUGCUUCAAAGCAAGACAGUUGUUGUUGUUUUUUUCCCAUUCUGUUGCUCUACACCUGUCUUUAUUGCUGAGCUGCCUCUCUACCCUCCAUAUUAAAAAGACAAAGGACCAGGUUCAAUACAUGCUUUAAUCCUCAUGUACAAAAACAUAUGUUGCAUUCAAGACAGGAUUGGUUUAGUCCAAAAUGUUGCUCAUUUAAAAUUUUCUUUUCCGUAAGACAAUUCGUCAAAUAAAACGCUGCUGCUUGAGAGAAACUGUAACACACACACACACACACACACACACACACACACACCCCUGGCACUGACGUUCUCUACACGACUAAGCUAUAAGUCUUUUAAUGGACAAAAAGUGUUCUUGAUCACAGCUUAAAAGAAGGAUGUCUAUAACAUUAUUCAAAACACGGACACAAUUAUACACACGCACACACACACACACACACACACACGCACACCCAACCAGGCGGCCCUGAUAGUUCUGCUCCGUGCACUGCUUCACCUGACCUUCCUUUUGUUACUAUCCCUUUUGAAAAGCAUGUUUUAAUGGAAAUGAUUUUCAAAAGAACAUUGAACCCAUAAUGGAGAAUCUCCUUCAACAGCUGAGGUCUCCUUCCUCUAAAGAGAGAAAACAAAAGAGGGCGCAGACUACAUCUGUGACAUUACCAGUCCGCUCCGAAGCUCUCGUUGCCAUCUAGUGGCCAAGUUUGUACGACACACAGAGUCCAAAACAACCUGGCUGUGUGUGCAUGAAGACCCCUGUACUGCAGAUUCUCCCUCUCUCUUUUUUUGGAAACAAUGCCAAAAGAUAAUUCUGCAGUUUCAGGGACAAGUGUUGUUAGAGCUUUGAUUUGAAAAGCCAAUACAAUACGAUAUUUCAUCUCCCCUUUUAAUACUGCUACUGAAAGGCGACACCCAACCCAAGUUAGCUGAUAUUAUUCAAUACAGAAACUCCCAUAAUUCCCUAAGCCAAAUACAUUAAGACUUUCAGCUCUGUCUCCUCACACACAACAUGUCUGAAAACGACACAACACACGUGCACAAGACACUUGUAUUGCUGUUUGCCCACAAUGAGUUAGCUCUACUUGAAUAUUGUUUUGAUUUGAUUUGCAUUUCCUUUGGACAUUGUGUAAGAUCUAGAGAGAAUGUGUCUUAUUUCUGGUGUACUGAGACAUCCUUGGAUACAAAAGUGAGUGUGUGGCUGUAUGUGUGUUUCCCUUAACACUUGACUGUGUGCGUGCGUGUGUGUGUGUGUGUGUGUGUGUGCGUGUGUGUGUGUGCGUGUGCGUGUGCGUGUACGUGUGUGCGUGAAAUUGUGCACAUAUGAAGAGUGGGGGGUGGGAGCGAGCCUGUAUAAUUUCUAUGUAAAUAGCACUGGUAAUAAAAACUUCUCUUACAACUU